GUUGUCUUGCUAAAACCCUCUAAAAUCCCCUUUUUCUCUGAAUUCCAGAAAACGCAAAAACUUCCCUCCCCCAUUCUCCCUCCCAAGCUUCAGCUUCACACUGCCAUUCCCAACUGAGAGAGAAAGAGAGGAGAGAGAAAGAAGAGAGAGAGAGAUGGGAACAUCGGUGCAGGUGACGCCACUUUGCGGUGUGUACAACGAGAACCCACUGUCAUACUUGGUCUCCAUUGAUGGCUUCAACUUCCUCAUUGAUUGCGGCUGGAAUGACCACUUUGACCCCUCCCUUCUUCUACCUCUAUCUCGGGUGGCUUCUACUGUUGAUGCUGUUCUCCUAUCAUAUCCUGAUACAUUGCAUCUUGGUGCUUUGCCUUAUGCAAUGAAGCAAUUUGGGAUGUCCGCACCAGUGUAUGCAACAGAGCCAGUCUACAGACUAGGUCUUCUAACUAUGUAUGAUCACUAUCUUUCACGCAAGCAAGUGUCAGAGUUUGACUUGUUUACACUGGAUGACAUUGAUGCUGCUUUCCAAAAUGUGACACGACUGACUUAUUCCCAGAACCAUCAUCUGUCUGAAAAAGGUGAAGGUAUUGUUAUUGCUCCACAUGUGUCUGGGCAUCUACUUGGAGGAACGGUGUGGAAGAUAACCAAGGAUGGGGAGGAUAUCAUAUAUGCUGUAGACUUCAAUCAUCGCAAGGAAAGGCAUUUAAAUGGAACAGUUCUUGAAUCGUUUGUACGCCCUGCUGUGCUAAUAACAGAUGCUUACAAUGCAUUGAAUAAUCAACCUCCAAGACGCCAAAGGGAUCAUGAAUUCUUAGAUGCCAUUGUGAAAACACUCAGAAGUGAUGGAAAGGUAUUACUUCCGGUUGAUACAGCUGGACGAGUACUGGAACUUAUUUUAAUACUGGAACAGCACUGGGCUCAGCACCAUUUGACUUAUCCAAUAUUCUUCCUCACAUAUGUUUCCUCAAGUACAAUAGACUAUGUGAAAAGUUUCUUGGAGUGGAUGAAUGAUUCAAUAGCAAAAUCCUUUGAACACACACGUGAUAAUGCUUUUCUUCUGAGGCAUGUCUCGCUUUUGAUCAAUAAGGGUGAACUGGAGAAACUUCCUGAAGGUCCAAAGAUUGUUCUGUCUUCCAUGGGAAGUCUUGAAGCAGGUUUCUCCCAUGACAUAUUUUCUGAGUGGGCAACUGAUCCCAAGAAUCUUGUCCUUUUCACCGAAAGAGGGCAGUUCGGCACAUUAGCUCGAAUGCUGCAGGCAGAUCCUCCUCCAAAAGCUGUUAAAAUCACGUUAUCGAAAAGAGUGCCUUUAGUAGGAGAGGAGUUAGCAGCAUAUGAAGAAGAGCAAAACCGGAAAAAGGAAGAAGCUUUAAAAGCCAGUCAAAUCAAAGAGGAAGAAGUGAAGAUAUCACAAUCUGAUCCUAAUUUAGGUGAUCAAAUGGAGAUUGAUACUCGUGAAACCCAUGCUUUAUCAGAUGUUGGGACAUCUGUUGGUGGGCAUAAGGACGUUUUGAUUGAUGGAUUCGUUUUACCUGCAACUAGUGUAGCCCCAAUGUUUCCUUCUUUCGAAAAUUCUGCUGCUUGGGAUGAUUUUGGUGAAGUCAUCAACCCUGAUGAUUAUAUGAUCAAGGAAGAUAAUAUGGAGCUAUCAUUCUUACAGGGCGGUGGGGAUCUCAAUGGAAAACUUGAUGAGGGCUCCGCUAGCCUAAUGCUUGAUACUACUCCUUCCAAAGUUGUAUCCACUGAACUGACUGUGCAAGUGAAGUGUUCACUGGUCUACAUGGAUUAUGAGGGUCGCUCUGAUGGCCGAUCAAUUAAGUCCAUUCUGGCUCACGUGGCUCCUUUAAAGCUUGUUUUGGUGCAUGGAUCAGCUGAGGCUACUGAGCACUUGAAGCAACAUUGCUCUAAGAAUGUUUGUCCACAUGUUUAUGCUCCUCAAAUUGAAGAAACAAUUGAUGUCACUUCUGAUCUAUGCGCUUACAAGGUGCAACUAUCGGAAAAGUUGAUGAGCAAUGUUCUGUUUAAGAAGCUUGGAGAUUACGAAAUUGCUUGGGUUGAUGCCGAAGUUGGCCAACCUGAAGGUGGGAUGCUUUCGUUGCUCCCACUCUCAUCAACUCAAGCCCCAACCCACAAGUCAGUUCUGGUUGGUGACAUUAAAAUGGCAGAUUUCAAGCAGUUUUUAGCUAGUAAAGGCAUCCAGGCAGAAUUUUCUGGAGGUGCCUUGCGGUGUGGCGAGUUUGUUACCUUACGUAAAGUUGGAGACCCGACCCAAAAGAGUGGUGUAGCUGGAAAUCAGCAAAUAGUUAUCGAAGGCCCUCUAUCAGAGGAAUAUUAUAAGAUUAGGGAUUAUCUUUAUUCACAAUUCUAUUUGCUCUGAUUUUUGUUGAUGUAUUCUGGAUAUACUGUUACAUAAUUCUAUGCAUUUCUGGCUCCGUAAUCAAAUCUUGUACUUAGUUAUUUGCAAUUAAUCAAAUCUUGUACUUAGUUAUCUUCAUUUCUUUAGUUUUGGACUGAACAGAUCUUCUUUGUACAAUGUAAUACUUUCUCCGUCUUUUAAUACUCGCAACGUUUGUUAGUUUCA